GCUCCGUGAUUCGCUGAUCAGCAGCUCGCGCGCCCUCCCGUUGGCUGCACAGUACACGUCAGCGUUCAACAAGUUUCAGCCCAGAUGUUGGAGCCUCUUCCUGGUGUGAGCGCGUUGACACAUCGCUCCUCGUCCGGGUGCCGAGAACCAGCCGCGGAAACUCGUUCCAAUGACACGGUGUCCGAGUGAGGAAGAGGACCCGCCGUCACAAACACAAACUUCUGCCAUUCGGUUGCAGAAGCGGCUCACGUGACGUCGGACCGUCCCUGGCGACGCUGUGAUCUUCAGUGCACGAGGAAGUGACGUUGCCAACGAGCACAUAGCGAAGAUAAAGGUGAAUCAAAGCCGCUGCCCCUCUGCCGUUCAAGUCUGUUUCCACCCGGAGAAAAAUGAGGUCUCGACUGUUCAGGAGGAACCUGCUGCCACUGCUGCUCCUCUUCUUCGUAGUUCUGUCUGUGAUGGUUUUAUUAUUACUCUUUGGCAAUGAUGAAAGUGGAACCGAUCACGUGGCUCAGGGAAAUGAGGAGGGAAAUGAGGAGGAAAAGGUGAAGUUUAACUUUGGUUCUCUGUCAGACUUGUCUCAGUCCGUUUACAACGCAAACUACAAGCAGUAUAUUCAGAAUUCGGACAGGUUUGUUGGGGAGCCUCGGCUGGUGCUGGUCGUGCAGGUCCACAACAGGCCUGAAUACCUCAAGCUGCUCAUCAAGUCGCUGAAGGAAAUCAAAGAGACUCACAGCUUCCUUUUGAUCUUCAGUCAUGACUAUUUUACAGAGGAAAUAAAUACGAUCGUGCAGGGGAUAACUUUCUGCAGGGUACUGCAAAUUUAUUUCCCUUUCAGCACUCAGCUGUAUCCCAAUGAGUUUCCCGGGCAGGAUCCACGAGACUGCCCCCGAGACAUGUCCAAGGACAACGCUGUGAAAACAGGAUGCCUCAACGCACAACACCCUGACUCCUAUGGGCACUACAGGGAAGCCCUCAUCACUCAAACCAAACACCACUGGUGGUGGAAAAUGCACUUUGUGUGGGAGCGAGUGCAGGUGAUGCAGGGCUACAGUGGGUUUGUAGUGUUUCUGGAGGAGGACAACUACAUCUUACCUGACUUUUUCCACUUCUAUAAGUCAAUGGUAGAGUUCAGCAAGAACAGCUGCCCGGACUGUGACAUGCUGGCUUUGGGUAACCACAAUGGCGUGACUGAUUUUGUUAAACUGUCCAAUAAGGUUUUGACCACUGGGUGGAUGUCCACGAAACACAACAUCGGUAUGGCCCUCUCCAGGGAGGUGUACUACAAACUGAUGGGCUGCAGCCACGAGUUCUGCACCUAUGACGACUACAACUGGGACUGGACUUUGCAGCACUUGUCAGGAACAUGCAUACCAAAGCCCCUCAAAGUGCUUGUAGCGCAGGGCUCCCGGGUUCUUCACACAGGAGACUGUGGCCUUCACCAGAAGGACGAGUGCAGGCCAGAAUUGGCUUCACAGAGGGCAGAGGAGGGGCUUCAGAGUGCCAAGCAUGCCUUAUUUCCUUCAUCUCUUGUCCUUAAUGGUGCAGAAGCAGUAGAGCACAAGGCACACAUGAAGAAUGGAGGAUGGGGAGACACCCGUGACCAUAUUCUAUGCAAUAACUAUGCCAAGCGACUUUGAACUGUAUCUUUUUCUCAAAAGUAGAAUUUGUUAUUCUGCGAAUGAGCAAUCACACAUAACAUUUCAGGGCUUUAAGGCUAUGAUGGUAAAAUGCUAUAAAGAAAUAGAACUAGCCAUGGUGCAUGCACACAGCUAGUUUAUUUUUUGUAAUCACCAAAGCUGCACUAAUGCCAAAGACAUUCUGCAUUUUGUGCGUUUUUAACGCAUGCACAUUCAGUCAAGCUACUCAGUUUCAUUUCAUCAUGUUUGUUUAUCUCUGGGUAUCUCACAAGCCAAAACAUCAGGUUAGAUUUAUUGCACAACGAUGGGGAAUUAGAAUAAACACCACACACACACACACACACACACACACACACACACACACACACACACACACACACAGCAUCACAUCAUGAUGUUUAUUCACAAGAGGUUCAGUUUGCUUGCGUGUUGCUUUUUAUGGACCAUUCAGUUGUAAUGAUUUUUACACCUUCUUUUCAUGGUACGGAUUUUAUAUGCAACACCAAAAAGAAUGUUCAUGUAAUGUACAUACAUAGAGGUGUAAUCCAAAUGUGCGUGACUGUCUUCAAUGUUAGAAGCUCUGAUUAAUUGAGCAGCUCUGUCUUGGGAGUUUAACUUUGUGUUACUUAAUGUCUGUCUGCUCUUACCAGAGGUCUUUUUUCUGAGGGGAGGUUGACAGACACCACUUGACUAAAUCUGUCUCAUACUACCCAGUGUAUUGAUCCCAUGUUACAACAGCGAGAGGUUGAUCUUGAUUCUUUUUUGGUUCUCUGUGUGCAUUUGCUUUCUGAUUGGAGCAAAGUGACCUUUUGGAGUCUGGUUCAAGAUUCUGAUUCUGCAAACGUCAGGGUCGUCUGUGAUUCUGCAUUUCCAGAUUUGCACCUUCGUGGUCAGAAUUGAUGCUGGGAAAUGAAAACAGAAUGAAUUGCAUUGGGAUUAGAUGGAAAGAGAAAGACAGACUUUUUUCUUUACAGGCAUUCAUUCAGUAGAUACAAAAUACCCCACUGGAGAUAAACUUUUCUUUUUACAUUAUAAAAGAAUGAGGAAACAUAAUCAUAAUGAUGCUGUUGAUGUCUUCAAGAUCACCAAACGUGCCUUUUUAUAGUUCCUCUGUGCCCAUGCCUGUUUUAAAGAGAUUUUUAAAGGUGCACUGAUAACAUUGGAAUUCACCUUGUACUUUGCAUUGUAUUUACCAAUUCUUGGGACUCAUCAUUACUGAUGGAUAUUUGUUGAUUGUGUCUUUAUUGACAAGAUUUUUAGAAAAAAAAAGUGGAUAUUAAUUUCACAAAAUAAAUCCUUAGUAUACAGUUAGGUAAAAUGAUGCCUCACUGUGGAAUAUUGCUUGUACAGAAGACAGUUGCCCCAAAUAAGUGUCCUAACCUGUUUAACCUUAUAUAAGGGCAUCACAGUGUGCCUUAGGGAGAUUCAAGAAAUCUGUAAUGAAUGUGAUAACGGAUAGAUUAUCUUCUGUUCAUGUUGAAAAGCACAAUACAUUUUUAAGAACAUAGAAAAGACACAAACAUUUACAUAUAAUAAUGCAUUUCUGUGUAUGUAGACUGUUUUUGUGUGGAUGUGGGAUGUUUGAUGAUCGCUUAAUCAGUGAGAUGGUGUACAGUUUCAUGAAAUGAAUCCAACCUUUUUUGUUGUCAUUUUUGCUUGUUCUAUUGUUCCUCUCUGACCAUCACUUGAAAUUGCUGUUUAUUGUUCACUUAAUGUUUUGCCAAAUGGAAAAUAAAAGACAUUGUCAGGUCA